AUGACCGCGACAACUCAGUCGCACCAUUGGGACUUUUCCCACGUGCUUGACCUCGUCAAUUCACUAUCAUUUCAACAAGGCACGCUCGCUGGCCAACACACCGACAAUGGAGACAAAGACGAGCCUACCAGGUCAGGGUUGGACGAGGAGGGCGGCAGUGAUAUAGAGAGCAGAGACUUCGCUACUCGAAAGGCAGCAUUAGGCGACUUCAGCAAGAUAUUUCAGUAUCUCGGCACACCGGUCAAUUCGCCAGCGCCGGCAGUACAGCCAGCACAACCCAAUCGACCAGCCGAAUCAGCACCCCAAUACUUCACCACCAAGACCGACUACGCUUCCGACGGAGCUGCUCCCUUCAUUCCUGCGUCAGCUUGGAAGCGGAAUGUGCGAUGGCAGAACCUCAGCGAUACUGAAGAGCAGGGCGGGGAGACUGUUAGUGACAGCUCGAUAAUACCUGAAAGCCCAACUCUUACGAAAUCGCAACGGAAGAAGAAGAACCGGCGAGAGAGGAGGGCUAAGGAGGCUGCUGAAGCUGAGGUGCUUCCCAAGAGAGUUGCAGCCGCUUAUUCUGAGUCCGAGGCCGACAUUGUUCCACGCAAGGCUCCGGCGAAGAAGGCGAGCUCACAUGCUGUCAAUGCCACUCCGACAAAAGUCUACAGCCUGCGAGAGCGAGAUGCUUCUGGGAAGGUCGUGACGCCGUCUGGACCAGAUCCGCUUCUAGCAGCUGCAAAGACGGCUAGAGAAGCGCUUGAGUCUGCUAAGCAGAAUAACAAAAAUGCUUUCACUCAGCAGAAGGAGAAUGUGCCGAAUGGAGGGACUUUACACACUCGCGGCACUCCUGCCAGACACAACUCGCAGCCUGUUGUACCACUUGCACAGCCUGCUCGGCCAACUAAACCCGCUGCAGUGGCCUCGCAGCAUCCACCAUCGACACCAUCUGGACAUGUUUCCGACCCAGCUACCCUUCAGUUCGUCCCUGCGACUGUAGGACCGCAUCACAAGACCCAGCAGAAGCAGAUCGUUCCACCCUCGCACGCAGUCGCACCGGCAUCACUACCACCAAAGAAACCUUCAUUCAUUCAGCCUAUGAUCGUUCGCUCCGGCGAGGACAGGCACUGGGCGCUUCUCAUGAAACUCAUAGGAGAGUUUUACGAAGACCGCAAGUACCUCGUCUCGCCCAUGAACCUCACCACCCACAACAACGAUCCAAAUGGAAUCCACGUCUUCGUCGACGCCAGCAACAUCUUCAUCGGCUUCAACGACCAGCUGAAACGCUCCCGCGGCAUUCCACCCUGGACCCAGCUCCCCCACGCAGACAUGUCCUUCGACGCCCUCGCCCUGUUGAUGGAACGCAGGCGACCAGUGGCCAAACGAGUCCUCGCCGGCUCCACGCCCUGGCAGCCUGCCUUUGACAAGGCGAAAGCCGUCGGCUACGAGUGCAGCAUACUUGAAAAAGUACACAAGGCUCGCGAGCUGACGGAGCGCCAAAUCUUCUUCAAAGAACACGACCGCUACGGCGUCCGGUGGCGCGCGAAAGCGCCUGCGUCGAACAAUGUAGCUUUGGUCAACGGCGGCGGCAGCGGCUCGGAAACGACCGCACCGCAAUACGCGCCCGCGAAGAUGAUCGAGCAGGGCGUGGACGAGAUUUUGCAUCUGAAGAUUCUGGAGAGCGUGGUGGAUGCCGAGACGCCGUCGACGAUUGUCUUGGCGACCGGGGACGCGGCGCAGGCGGAGUAUAGCGAGGGGUUCAUGGCGAUGGCGGAGCGGGCGCUGCGGAAGGGUUGGAGGGUUGAGUUGGUGAGUUGGAGUCGGAAUAUUUCGGCGGGGUAUACGAGGAAGGGGUGGCGGGAGCAGUGGGGGGAGCGGUUUCGGGUGGUUACUUUGGAUGAUUAUGCGGAGGAGUUGCUUGAUAUGUGA